AUGGCGACGGUCUCCGACACCAACAGCAACAACAUGCCACCUGCCGCUGACUCUCAGCCCACAACAAAGCAAACCGUCUCCUCCGUCGUCAACACCGAGCCAGCCGGCCAGCCAGCCCCUAAACGCGAGAAGCGUCCCGCCAUGCCGCGCACCCUGGGUGAUAUCCUGGCCCCCAUGACAACGCAACAGUUUUUUGACAAGCACUUUGAACGCUCGUUUCUCUACAUUCCUCGCGAGGACCGGGAUCCUGGCAUUGUCUAUCAAGGACUCUUUUCCUUGGACCAGCUUUACACCCUGCUCCAACGCGAGUCUAUGUUCUACGGCACCGACCUUAACCUCUGCCGCUACGACGGCGAGCGCAAGCUGGUCCUCAAUGGUGGCCGCAAUGACACCACUGAUCUUCCCACCAUCAAUGGAAACCAUUCCAACAGCCAACGGGCCGAGGAGCAAGACUCAAACGAUUCGGACGACUCGGACGAGCUGGCAGAGGAAGCGCUCGCAGCGGACGUGCGCCGCCGUGUCGAGGAUUUGAAAGCUACCGUGCAGUUUCACCAGCCGCAACGCUUUGUCCGCGCCUUGCAUGAUUUGCUCUACUCCUUCGAGCAGGAGCUCACCACCCUCGUGGGUGCCAACGUCUACAUCACACCCGCCAACAGCCAAGGUUUGGCUCCUCACCACGAUGACGUUGAGGUUUAUAUCUUGCAACUCGAGGGCGAGAAGGCCUGGCGCCUUUACGAGCCCAUCGAGCCCUUAGCCAUGUCAUACAGUGCUGAUCUUGAUCGGGAAGAGCUGGCCCAGCCCAUUGCCGAGCUAGUGCUGCGACCUGGUGACUUUUUGUACCUGCCCCGCGGUACCAUUCACGAAGCAUCUUGCGUCGGCAACCAGCACUCCACCCACAUUACCAUCAGUAGUCAUCAAAACUGGAACUACGGUCACCUCAUGGCCCAGACCCUACCAGAGUGCAUCACGAAUGCCAUGUCCAACGUGCUGGAACUCCGGCGUGGGCUUCCACAUGGAUUUUUGCGUCAGCAUGGUGUCUUACAUGCCGGCUUCCCACCACCACCAUCAGCCGUCUUUCAUCAUAUGCGUGAGCUGCUACAGUCUGAUCAAGUGUGGUCUGAAAUCGAGCGGCAUUUUCACCAGGCCGUUGACUCGUUUGCGCUUGAUUACACUACGGCCCGCCUGCCACCGCCGGCGCUGCGACGCAAUCCACUCAACCCAGCGCCGACCCGAGUGACCCCUGUAUUUCAUGCGACCACCAAGGUGCGCCUAGUUUACACGGAUCACAUCCGUGCUUUGCCGACGCCUGGUGCCGAGUCCAAUGACGAUGGGCAAGCGGAUGAUCAACCUGAUUUUGAGAUCAAGGUGUGGCACAGCUUGAGCAACGACGUGCGGACCCACAUGAUGCAACCAGCUUUGCCCGACUCGGAAGACGAAGAUGACGAGCACGAAGAACAGGACGAGGAGGAGGAAGAUACGGCGUGCAGCCGUUCUGGGCUGCGCGAAAGCAAUGACACAGGAGACGUCAGCUCGCACGAUUCUUCAUCAGCCACCUCCAGUCACCUGCGUUCCAAUCCACCCCUACACCCCAUCGGUGCUGUGGUGCCUCGCGACAACCCCAUCACCCUGCCGGGUAGUGCCUGGCCCACUUUGAUUCACCUCAUGCAGUUGGAUGGACAAGGUCAACGGCGCACCAGCGCCAUUCAGGCCAUUCCCGGUGAGUUGCAAGAAAACAUUCUCCUUUGUGAACAGCUGUGGCAGAAGCGCCUUCUUGUCAUCGAAGCCUGA